CGUUUCAAUCGCUCGAUCACAGAUUGACAUCAUGGACAACCUUUUAGAAAAUCUUGAUUUCACCGAAAUCUGUCGAAGUUGCAUGAUGAAAAAACAAAAGAUGCGACCACUAUUCGGUUCCAGCAUAGAUUCGAUGCUAAUGGCAGUCGCAAAUGUAAAGGUUACUGAACACGAUGGCUAUCCCGCGCAAAUGUGUGUCCAGUGUGUACUACAGGUCAGCAGAUCGUUUGCCUUCAAGCAGCAAUGUGAAAAGACGGAUUCCACUUUGAGACAAUAUGGUACUGUAGUAUUAAGCGACGGCUUGGAUGACGAUUUUCGGCCGGAUCCGGAAAAUCAUGUAAUUAAAGGCGAGAGUGUUGAUACUAACGAAAAACAACAAAAGCUUACCCUGAUAGAGUUGGAUGCCGAUCAAUCGGCGUUGGAAUAUCAAAUCAAGGGCAGUGAUUCGAAUGGCUGUGUUUUCAUACUGAGUGCUACUAUUGAGGAUUCGGAGGUCCCUAUUCAAAGUGAACAAGUACGAGCAGUAGGAAUAGGAGAUGAGAUGAAAUUCAUUGCAUCACUUAACUUGAAUUCCAAUGUCCUGGAUUGCAAUGAAAUUUCUUUGGCUGAGGAAAUCGAGCGCGAUAAUUACGCAAUUUCUGAAGCGAGUAGCCCGACCCUUGUGAAAUCUGAACAUACCGAUAGGACUUCUGGAGUAGCUGCAUUCCCUAAAUUGACUCCGAUAGUAAAAGUUCAUCAAAAGAAGCAAACACCUACCACCGAAGAAGUCGCACCUCCCCCAUACGAUAGAGCAUUAUCUAGUCGCUUCGAGUGUGCGGUUUGUCACAAGAAAUUCUCUGACGCCGGUAAGCUUCGGCGCCACUCGCGUACCCAUUUGAUUGACAAACCGCACGUGUGCAAGGUAUGCGGUAUGUCGUUCGCGGAGAGUUCUAACUUGACGAAACACCAUCGGCGGCACACAGGAGAGCUAAGGAAUGUCGUCGGAAAGCCAAAUCUUUGUUCGGUAUGUGGCAAACGGUUCAAGUGGGCUACAUCGUUGUCGAAGCACAUGAAGCAUCACACCAAGCGGAAGUUAUUCGUCUGUCCGUAUCAGGGUUGCAGCAAGUACUACGUUGAGCAGCGAUCGUUGGACAUUCAUAUGUUUUCACAUGAUGGACAGAAACCGUUCAGUUGUAGCUACUGCAGUAAGGGGUUUACUCAAAAGUGCAACUUGCAGAAACAUGAACGGGUGCAUACAGGAGAGAAACCUUUCAAAUGCAAUGUCUGUCUGAAAAGCUUUGCUCAGAGUGGAUAUCUGGUGAUUCAUCAACGGAUACAUAGUCGCGAGAAACCCUACGGUUGUAAAGAGUGCGGAAAACAAUUUGCAGCCUCUAAUGCCCUAACGGUGCAUCUCCGAUCGCAUAGCGGCGAACGGCCUUACGGUUGUGACGUGUGCAGUAAGCGAUUUUCCCGACAGGAAACGUUAACGAUUCACAAAACUCGGAAGCACCUUAAUGACCGACCGUAUGCAUGCACUUUGUGUUCUGCUAAAUUUGAAUCUACCGACAGUUUAACAACACAUUUAAAAAGAAGUCAUAACGAUCGAUAUUAUCAUAUGUGUCCUAACUGUGGCAAGGUCUUUACGUCUCUGCAUAGUUUAAAGAACCAUCAAAAAGCUCACUAUAAGGAGAACGAAGCAGACGAAGAACAAUCGCAACCGUUAAUUCAGUUUGUAGUCGAUCAGGAGUUGGUUGGACAAACCGUAGAUUUGGAUGCGCUGCAAAGCAGUAGUGUAGUAAAUACCUUCGUGAUAGAUUCUAAUAGUAUGACUCAAUAGACUUAUAGACAAUUUUCUC